AAAUGCCGGAAAACCCCAAAGAAAAGGGGGAAGAAGAAGCCUGUCUCUGAAACACAGGAAAAGAGUUGGUGGAACGAACACGAACUCGACGUGACAGACCAGUUUGGGGGGUUUCCUACUUUCUGACAAUACUAUUAUUUUUUACACGUUUCUUCUGAACGGAAGCAAACUGCUGACGCUUUGUCACAGAGUCAGGUGGGUGCGUAUUUUACUGUUCGUUUUUUUCAAAACCGAAAGUAAAGUGAAGCGGGCCCGUGAAGCCAUGGCUGAUAGCAUGGAUGAAGACAUGCCGGAAGAGUCUUUACCCCUCCGGCAGGACCUGACCUGCCCCGUGUGUCAGGGAAUCUUCCAGGACCCCGUGCUGCUGCCGUGCACCCACAGCUUCUGUCGCGAGUGUCACCAGAAAAGUUUUCAGGUCAACAAGAAGUGUCCCGUGUGCAGGAAGGAGUGUGAGGAGGGGCAGGCCAUCUCCAACCGCGCGCUCAGCAGCGCGUGUGAGAGUUUCCUCCAACAGUCGAACUGGGGGUCGAUCCGGAAACACCCUCCCCCUGCCGAGGACACCUGUAACCUGCACCUGAAGCCGCUGGUGCUGUACUGUGAGAAGGACGAGGAGCCUCUGUGCGUGGACUGCGUCACUCUGCACAACACGCACACGCUGUGGCCGCUGAGUGAGGGGGCACCGAUGUGUAAGAAGGAGCUGGGUUUCAAAGUCCAGAUUUUUGAAAAGAAAGUGGAGACGUACAAGAAAACCACACGUAAACUCAGCAACGCAAUGGAGUACAUCAAGUAUCAGGCUGAGCAGGCAGAGAAGCAGAUCAAGGUGGAGUUUGAGAGGCUUCGCAUGGCGCUUAUCACAGAGGAAGCUCUGCGUCUGAAAGCCCUGGCUGCUGAGGAGGAGCAGAAGAUCGCUGCCGUUCAGGAGGUGAUUGACAGCACAAACGAGGACAUUGCCUCGAUGAACAAGCUCAGUGAUGCACUGAAGAGAGAGAUGGGCAACGAGGAUCUGGCUCUCCUGCGGAAUUUCCAGAAGGUAAAAAGAGAAGCCAAGUGGACUCGUGGAGAUCCUUACCUCCCUGAGGACUCUCUUUUGAACAUGGGCAAGCAUGUUGGUGCUUUGAGCUUCAAAAUCUGGAAGAACAUGCAGGCCCAUGUCAAAUAUAAUCCAGUGGUGUUGGACCCAAACACGGCCUCUCCAUGGCUGUCCUUGAAUGCUGACCUAUCCACUGUGAAGGAAAGCGCCGAGCGGCUGACCACCCCCGACAACCCGGAUCGCUUUGAUCCCUGCGUCUUUGUGCUGGGUGCUGAAGGUUACAAGUCUGGUAAACACAGAUGGGAUGUCAUUGUUGGUGACAACCCCAGGUGGAUUGUGGGAGUUUGCAAAGAGUCAGUGCCCCGUAAAAAGAAGUUCACGGUCUCUACGAGCCGUGGUGUGUGGUCCAUUGGACUGAGCAAAGGGGUGUACACGGUCUCAACACCUGAGCGUACAGAGCUGCAGGUGCAGCAGCGUCCUGAAAGGAUCCGCAUUAAGCUUAAUUUAGAUAAGGGAGAGGUGUCAUUUUGGGAUGGGGGAACAGCAAAGCACCUUGUCACUUUAACACACAAGUUUGAUGAGAAGAUGUAUCCAAUUUUUGGCCCUGGCCUCUACAGUACGCCUACAAUUCUGGCUCCGGGAAAAAUAGCUGUUCACACCUCAUGAUGAGCCGAUAUACUGCAGAGGGAUGGUUGUUGACUUAAAGCUCUAGUAUUGAAAAUAAUUCUAAUAACCUGUUUCAAAUAGAAAGCUUUUUAAAAGCAAGAUAAACAAAACAACACUUUACCAGUCAAACAGAGAUGACCUUGCAGCUGCAUGAUGCACAUGUUAGAGCUGAGAAAUUACUUUCUUAACACUGACGGCGCAUGGGAAAUUGCAAAAAACAAUUUUUUUAGAUGUGCCUUAGCUGGAGGAAAUUAGAUUGUCUUUUGUCAUCACUUUACAGUGGAGGGACAGACCUGAAUAAUAAAAAGACUGGAAGCUUGGCUGAUGCUGGUGGCCAAUACCGAUACCGUUUGAAGAGGUGAAUAAAACAGUCUCUCUUGAUUUAUUAUUGCACUGGAUGAAAAAUUGGGACAUCCAGCUCUUAAUAUCUGAGAUGACAAUAGAAAUAGUGGAAUGUAAACAAAAUAAUUCAAGUUGCGGGAUUGUUAUGGUAGUUGUUUUAUCUUAACAUUUUUUCAGUACACAAUUUCAGUUUUAUAAGGGAUACAUUGAAUGAAAUGCAUUUAAGCUUAUGAAAUGCCCUUUAUUUUAUAUGAUUUUGUUGAUUCUGCUCAAAUAUAAUGGACUAAAAUCUCCCUGAAUCUGUAUGGGUUUCUUGGUUGAUUGUUUUACAACACAAAGUGUGGCCUGAAAGUUGUCCUGAUUUAAAUUUUCUGUGUUCAUAUAAACACUUAAUUAAUAAAAAAACUUUUAAAUCAGAUUUGUUUGUUUUAUUAAUUAGAACCACAUAAACGGUGCAUAGCUAAUUAGUAAACGUUACUAUUUUGAGAGAAUCUUACAUUUAAGGUGAGAAUUUAGCCUCAUGUAUUU